AUGUCUUCCAUCAUCAACUCCAUCUUCUCAUCUUUUCUCACCACCACCUUCCCAUGCUUCACCACCAUUGCGCCGCCGCCGCCGCCCGCCGCCAAAAUUCCGCCGUCGUCAAGCACGUGUGCGGUGUGCCUAUCGACGAUCGGUCGGGGCUGGGAGAUGGCAAACACUAAGAUACUCCCCUGUCUUCACGAGUUCCACGCCGCAUGCAUCGACAGGUGGUUGUCGGCGCCCCACGCCAAGAACACGUGUCCCGUUUGUAGAUAUUCGAUUGGCGGCGACCGCGACGACGGAAAAAGUGGAUUUAAGAGACAUGAGUGUUUUACUGAGGAAAUGGUCAUUUGGUUUUCAUCCUUCCAUGUUGCUGGCUUCUGA